AAUGGUAGUAUUUUGAUAUUGAUGACUUGAGUAAGGUUUUCUGAAUGUUUCUGAGACAACCACGAGAGGAACUGACGUAUGAGGAAUAUUGUUUAUACUAAACACAACUUUAUUCUAGCAAAUUCACCGAUGUACUUCAUCGGUGAACUUCAGCUGAAAGGGUAAGGGAGCUGGGCUCUAACCUGAAUGAACUGAAGACGCUUGGUCAAAAUUACUAUAAGGUAGAAGAUAAAGAGGAAUGCUAACCUAUCAAAUACCUGGCUGGUUAUCUCUGAGAACAAGGUUAAGAUGACAGAUUUGUUUUUGUUGUAUAUUGACGUCACAUUUAAACCAGAAAAACCCAGAGUAUCCUUAUUUUAAAAAAUCCCUAUUUUUGUCCAGUAUAUACGUUUCCGCAAUAAAGAUGCAACAAAGCCCACAUUACGACAAGUUCAUAUACGAAAUUCCGUACGACGUAAAGAAGAAAUUGAUCAACAUUUUCGAUCAAAACGAUUCAUGGGAAAAAUUGGGUACUUACAUGAAAUACGAUAGAGUGCGACUUGAAGAAAUCAAGAGAGUAACGCUGGCAGGAAGAUCUCCGACAUCGGAGCUACUCGAUAUUUGGGGCAACCUGAACCACACUGUUUCAGAGCUAUUCUUCCUACUGUCCCACAUGAAACACUAUGAAGGUAUGACCGUUAUCAAAAAUCUUGUAGACAAACAGUACCAUGGUUACAUUAAGAGCCCCGUACAACAGUUAAGCCCCAGAAUGAAGCAGCUAUUGCUGGAAAGAAAGCUCAACCAUAUUGACACUGGGGUCCAUCCAGACAAUUUCAACGGAGAGUCCGAAAAGAUACUAAACGUACCAAAAAUAUGUUCACCUACACAGCCUGUAAUCGACAGCAAAGAAAACAACGAAAGCAUGGUACCUAUGCCCAGGUCACCUGUUAACUAUGGCAGGACAAAGAUGUUAACGGCUUCUGACAUUUCUUGCGUGGUCGAAUCAGCAGGUGGGAUUCCCUCCAUCCCUUAUGAAGAACUAGGGGAAUCAACCAAUAACUGGUCUGAGUAUAACCUUCUAGGUAAAGGAGGCUUCGGGAAGGUUUUUAAAGGCACGUGGAAGUACACGCAGGUGGCCAUCAAAAGGCUCGAAAAUAAAGAGGACAUGCCGGGUAUGGAGCUGGAGCAGAUCAAACAGUCGAUUACUGAAUUGCACUGCCUUAACUCAUAUCGGCAUGAUAACAUUCUACCUCUGUAUGGGUACAGUAUAGGGGGCUUACAUCCAUGUCUUGUUUACCAGUAUAUGGCAGGGGGCUCGCUAGAUAACAGGUUGAGGAUAAAGGACAAUAGAAAAGUAUUGAAAUGGCCCGCCAGGUUGAAUGUUGCUAUUGGAACUGCUAGAGGUCUGCAGUUCCUGCACACAAUCAAAGACACCCCCCUAAUCCAUGGAGACAUCAAAUGCGCCAACAUCCUUUUGGAUGCUAAUAAACAGCCGAGGAUUGGAGACUUCGGCUUGGCUAGAGAAGGCCCCCAGCGCACGAUGAACUACAUCAAAGUGAGUCGCGUCCACGGCACGAAGCCCUACCUGCCAGAAGAAUUCCUCAGAUCUAAGAAGUUUUCCACCAAAGUGGACACUUACAGUUUUGGGGUGGUGUUAUUUGAAAUUGCUACUAGUUUAGUCCCCCAUUCAGUUAAGAGGGAGGACAGGUUCCUCAGGGACCACGUAAUGAACUAUGAGGGAGAUCUGUUGGAUAUGAAAGACCCUCGGGCAGAGGGCUAUGAUGAGUGCUAUAGAGGCAUUAUGGAAAUAGGAAAAAUGUGCGUAAGAAGUAAAGCAAAGGACAGACCAGAAAUGGUUGAAGUACUCAAGAAUUUGGAGGCGGUGUCUUUGAAGUAGCAGAUUUUUUCAAGUCGAAGGUUAAAAUUGUUACUGGUAACGACAUGAUCGUUAGCAGUGCUGAGAAACUUUCAUUAAACACCUAUUCAGCUGAAUUUUUUAUUGUGUCAUAAAUUGUGAUAUUAUUACUCUGUCCACCUAAAUUUUGUAUGUGAAAGUAUUUUCAUAUGUAAGACUGGGUGAAUAAGAUGUGAUGAAUUUUGAAAUAAUGAAAAAA